UUAUCUUGUAAAAUCAUGUUCGAUCGACCGGACGAGCGAAAGAAAGUAGCUGUUGUAACAAACAGAGCGGACUGGCUAUCACUAUGUCGAAGAUCUGUAUUUUGCUUUUACUCAGUUCAGUUGCUAUCGCAUUAGGGCUUGUUCCACCGCCUGGCGACCGAGACAAACCGUGUGCGCCCUGUUCGUUACCAUGGCAACUGGCAUACUCGCAUGAUAUCGACGGAAACUCAGUAAAAGGCUGGAAGUACUCGCUUGUUUCUGCUGUGUUGUCAGGUGCACGUGUGCGUGUCGUCAUUGGGACAGGUUACAGCACUGAGGCCGACAAUGUGCACGUGCAUGGCGGCCACGUGUUUGCUCAGCUUCUACAACACGUCAGCAAGGCCUCAUGGGAUAGGUUUCAAGAUAAUGCUUACUGGUGGUGGGUAAUGGUAUCCACUAAUGGAAUUAUGGAGAUGACCAGGUACAACGUGGGCUCACAUCAGCAUCGUGGAACCAACAGAGUAAGAAGAAGCAUUGAAUGGUAUGUACAAUUGGCAGGUCUUCUUCCAAAGCCGUCUUAUUCUCACCAGGCUAAUGGAAAUGGAGUCCAAGGUGUCUUAUACGAUCUCGAAAGCAACGUUAAAAAGGGUCAGGAUAUUCGCUGUGUCAGCAACAAACGGUAUUCCUUCCCACUCCAGAAUGUCGCCAUUGCCUCCCAGGGUGAAUACGUUUCUGGGCAAAGCUUGGACCACAUAAGCAGUAGCACUAAAAGCAAUUCUAUAGGGUUUCAGAGCAAUGCGUACUGGUGGUUUACUAUGUUGACCACUCGUGGAUCGCGUGACAUGUCACGCUGGACUGUUGGAACCCACCAGGACCGAGGCCAUAGCCAGGAUACCGUAGCGAUGGAGUGGUUUGUUGAUGGCUGCUGGAAGGAAAUCUUUGAACACGAUGCAAAUGGGAAGCCUCUUUCUGGAUCACGCCAAGCACUGACAACAGCUAUAUUGUCCGGUCAUCGUGUUCGCUUUCAGUUGCCUCAGUGGAAUUACUACACAACUGAAGCUGACAACCUUUCUGUGCGAAAUGGCCAUGUGACAGCGCAGGCUUUGAAACAUGUUAGUAAGGCAUCUUUGGCUAGAUUCCAAGAUAAUGCCUAUUGGUACUGGUUGAUGGUCUCUACCACGGGAACCGUACGUGCGACAAGGUACAACGUAGGUGAACAUAAGCAUCGUGGCGAUUCCACUGACAAGCUUAAGGUGAAGUGGUUCAUCGACACAAGACCAUGGGGGCAAGUCCUGUCGAAUGAUCCAUCUGGUAAUGUCGUAAACGGAAGUCGUACUCAUCUGGUGCACGCUGUCAGGACUGGAGCAGAUGUUCGCUGUGUGCAGGGAGACAGAAAACAAGGCUAUUCAUUCAAGGCUCAGAACCUGGCGGUGUCACCAGAUGGAAACCAUGUGGCCGCCCAAACUCUUAACCACGUGAGCAUGCAGUCGGCACCCAAUCCGAAUGAGGUGAUGAUGCAGCCAAGAGCAUACUGGUGGUUCACGAUCGUUUCCACCAAAGGCCUGAGAGAGAUGUCCCGCUGGACCGUUGGUAAACACGAGAAUCGUGGUAAAUCGUCAGAUAAAGUUGGAACAAAGUGGUUUGCCAACUACUGAUGCUCGAUGAUUCUGACUAUGAUAUGGUCACACUUUGCUUUUUAUAAUCGAAUCAGUUACAACGUUAGUGUUGCAUUCUAGAAUAUCAUAUCAGGUAGAGUAGCGCUCAGGAACUAGAUUACAACUAGAUUGCAACUAGAUUGCAAUUAGAUUGCAACUAGAUCAAAAUAGAUUCAAUAUUCCCAAUUAAAGUCUCGUAAACAAUGCCGAGGGGCAUAUUUUUUUAAAAAAAGAUGAGCAGUUUUUUGUUUUGAAUCAUUUUUAUCUAUUAAAACAUGUGACAUAUCAA